AGGGACUCUCAAGAGUCUUCUGCACCACAAUUCGAAAGGAUUAUGGAGGACAUCCCCUGCUGCCUUGAAGAAGCCUCGGGACGUUGUGCCGGUAUCCUCUGUCGUAGCCGCGGUUCCUGGCAAGUGCAGCUGCAUCUCUGAGGCUUUGUGCCUGGAGGAGCCAACCAAGUGUGCAGUCCUAUAGAGGGCAGUCUCUGCUCAGCUUUGCUGUUCGGAGCUGCCGGCUGCGGCCCUGAAUACCUGGGCUUGCAGGUCCUGAGACCCUGGUAGCCUGUCUCGCCCUCAGAUUCCCACCCGCCCAAAGCUCCCCGGCCCCAGAGCCCGCAGAUGAGGAGAGUGGCUGAAGGCAGCCGGGCACCCUGCGAAGGCCACCGGGUGCCCGUUGCUCCCUAUUCCCAAGAGAGGUAUCUGCCGGCUGCCUGAUGCGUCCUGCGAACUUUAAAAAAAAAAUUUAGGUUAAAUAAACAACCCACAAAUACGUAAAUAAAAUGGUCACUUGUAGUGAUCACGGGGGAGGGUACCUCGCUUUGCAGCCUUAGGCGGCGGAAGUGGAAGAAGCGGUGCCUCCCACCCGCAGCUCCCCCGGGCCACCCCUCGGCAGAAGGACGCUACGUUCCGAUCGGCCUGAAAGGGGUUCAGAAGUCGCCCUUCCUUUGGACUCCCGGCCAAGGGCCGCACCUCCCCCAGUAUCCCCGAGCGGCGGGCGCGCUCCUGCCGGGCUCAGGUUGGCACGUUCCUGGUGGGCCCCGCCGCGCCCGCGAUCGCUGGGUCAUGGGUGCCGCCGGCUCCUCGGCUCUGGCCCGCCUGGGCCUCCCCGCGCCGCCCGGGCCCCGCUGGCUCGGGGUGGCCGCCCUGGGACUGGCCGCGGUGGCUCUGGGGGCCGUCGCCUGGCGCCGCGCGCCGUCCCGGCAGCGCCGGCGGCUGCAGCAGGUGGGCACGGUGAGCGAGCUGUGGAUCUACCCGGUCAAGUCCUGCAAGGGGGUGUCGGUGGACGCGGCCGAGUGCACGGCCCUGGGGCUGCGCAGCGGCCACCUGCGGGACAGGUUUUGGCUUGUGAUCAACAAGGAGGGGAAUAUGGUUACAGCUCGACAGGAGCCCCGCCUGGUCCUGAUUUCCCUGACCUGUGAGGGUGACAUGCUGACCCUCAGUGCAGCCUACACCAAAGACCUGCAGCUGCCCGUCAAGACACCCACCACAAAUGUGGUGCACAAGUGCAGAGUGCACGGCUUGGAGAUCGAGGGCAGAGACUGUGGUGAGGCUGCGGCUCAGUGGAUAACAAACUUCCUGAAGACACAGCCCUACCGGCUGGUGCACUUUGAACCCCACAUGCAACCGAGAAAUUCUCACCAAGUAGAAGAUGCAUUCUCACCCACGGACCAGAUCCCCUACUCAGAUGCCAGCCCUUUCUUGAUCCUUUCUGAGGCAUCGUUGGCAGAUCUCAACUCCAGGCUAGAGAAGAAAGUUAAAACAGCCAACUUCAGGCCCAAUAUUGUAAUUUCAGGCUGCGAUGUCUAUGCAGAGGACUCAUGGAAUAAGCUUCUUAUUGGUGACGUGGAACUGAAAAGGGUGAUGGCUUGCUCUAGGUGCAUUUUAACCACAGUGGACCCAGACACCGGCGUCAUGAGCAGGAAGGAGCCACUGGAGACGCUGAAGAGUUAUCGCCUGUGUGACCCUUCUGAACGAAAGUUAUACGGAAAAUCACCCCUCUUUGGACAAUAUUUUGUUCUGGAAAACCCAGGGACCAUCCACGUGGGAGACCUUGUGUACCUGCUCGUCCAGGAAUAGGAAUCAUAUGUCCUGGAAUAGCAGAUGCCUUUAAAAAAAAUUCUUCAAAACUGACAACGUUUGAAACACAGUAUUUUGGAAUGGGGCAUUUGACUCCUCCACAUUUUCUUUAGAACUGUGAUCUCCAAGUUUUUCAUCUUUCUCUGAAUUUCUUCCUCGUGUCCCAGUGCUUCCAGCAUCCCAGCCUACAAAGCAAAGAAAGCUUUGAUAACUUAAUAGGACUUAAGUAAGUCACCUAAAUGAUAAGGCAGGAUUCUAAAAAUCGCUUGUUUAAUUGUGAUUGUGGAAUAAUGUUUUCUCCUUCUUCUCCAUUCACCUACUCAUAACCUCCAUCAUCUCACUGCUAUGCCUUAGGGAAAAGGAGAGAAGAGAAAGGGUGGGGGAUCGAGAGGAAUGUUCUAGAAUAUUUUAUUACCCCGUUCCUCAGCAUGCAAUGGAAAUUAAAUAGCACU